AUGGAUGAUUCAUUCGGACAUACCAAGUUCAGAGGUAAACAAGAAGAGAUAGUGGAGUUGGCUAUGCAAGGCACGUCGCCUCAACGGAUCUAUACGUCAGAAGAACUGAAGAUGCCCACAGGGACUGACGUCCUGGUUAUUGCACCAACCGGGAUGGGCAAAGCAAGUCACGAAACCGUGAGUGUAAUGGUGACAGUCGCACGCCGGCGUUCUGACAGCAAUGUAGAGAUCUCGAAGCUUCGAUUUUUGGCCAUCGCCGUCGCGUCUCUGACAUCCGAGACGUCAUUCAAGGAGAAGACUGCGAUCAUUACGGACUUCCGCUCUGAGGACCCGAGCAUUCGGCUUCUCUAUGUCAGCCCUGAGAAAUUCUGCACGACGGAAAUCAGUUCGAUCAUGGCCGACCUGCAUCGUCGCAAGCUGCUGAAUAGGCUGGUUGUGGACGAGGCCCACUGUAUUUCGGAAUGGGGCCAUGACUUCCGUGAAGAGUAUAGGAGACUUGGGUCAUUCAGAGACAAGUUCGUCGACAUACCAAUAAUGGCUCUUACGGCAACGGCGACUCCAACUGUACGACAAGACAUCAUCACCAGCCUCCGGCUCUCAAGCGACCGUCUCCAUAUGGUCCUGCACCCGUUCAAUCGAGAAAACCUUUUCUACGAGGUCCGAUACAUGUCGUCUCCGAACCCCAAUGCGCACAUGACAGACGUCUACGAGUACAUUGACACACUCCACAGACGUCGUGGUCGCCCUUCGUCUGGUAUUGUGUACUGCCGCACGCGGGCGGUUUGCGAUGAGCUUGCCAACUACUUGCGAGGAAAGGGCAUCCAGGCGAAAGCGUACCACCGAGGUUUGACUAACUCUGUCCUUGACAAGACGUUGCGAGAAUGGGGACAGGGCAGCAGCGAAGCACCUUGCAGUGCUGAUGUGGUAUGUGCCACCAUCGCUUUUGGGAUGGGUAUCGACAAGCCAGAUGUACGCUAUGUCAUACAUUUCGACCUUCCGAAAAGCUUCGAGGGCUACUAUCAAGAAACCGGAAGGGCAGGGAGGGACGGCCUGCCAGCGAAAUGUGUUCUCUUCUAUUCACGAGAAGAUGCAUCAAGAGUGAAGCACUUCGUCUCAGACUCGCACUCGAAACGCGUCGUCCGCGCAGAAGAGCGCAACGGCCCAGAGCCCAGCCAACGUGCCGCGGACAGCCUCACGUCCCUGCUCAAGUUCGCAGAGAACACGACGACCUGCCGCCACAUCCUCGUCUGCCGCUACUUCGGCGAGCACAUCGACGCGAGCGACCCCGCCGCCGCCGCCGCCUACUGCGCGAACAUGUGCGACGUCUGCAAGUACCCGGCCAAGGUCUGCCAGCGCCGGCAGCGGCUGACCGCGCAGGAGGACCCCGUCUCGCGCGCGAACUCGCUCGCCUCCGUUGCCGCCGCCCCGCGCCCCGCCGGUGCGAGCGCCGAAGGGCCGUCGAGAGCCUCUGCGACGGCAAGUUCGAACGCGAACUCGACGAGAACCGCGGCGCCGGGGGAGCGCAGGGCGUCGACGGGAGUGAAGCGCGGUGAGGGCGGGGACGACGGAGAGGAUGUGGGCCCGCGGCCUGGGCCUCGCCGCUGCGCGCGCGUCGUCCGGGAGCAGGGCCUGAAGCGGUCUCUCGGGAAGGCGUUCAAGACUCCGUGGGCGGCGGGCAGCGCGCACCGCGGGACGGACGUCUCGGCGCUGAUGGGCGCGCCGCGCGGGCUGCAGAAGACGGGGAGCGUCGGGUCCGCCGGCUCGAGCUCGUCGCGGGCCGUCGACGUCGACGUCGCAGACGGGGACGCGGCGCUCCCGGCACAGUCGCACGACCGCGAACCCGCCCCUCGACCGCCGUCCCCGACGCAAAUACAGGUGCCCCCCACAGAUAUCGAGCUCGACGCCCCGUACUCGACCAAGAUCCCCCUCGCGGUCCGCGAGGCCCAAUUCGCCGCCCUCCACCGCGCGCUGCACAAAGCGCUCCCGACGGGCGCGCGGGGCUACGCCGCCUGGGCGCGCGUCGGCGACCUCGCCGCCUCGGCCUCGACGGACGUCAAGAACAAAGCGCUCGCCCGCGCCGCGCGCGACCUCGAGUUCGACGUGCACCAGCACGUGCGCUCCGCGGGCGGCUACCGCGACCGCGGCGCGGCCAAGGCGCGCGCCGUCGCCGCGCUCGCUCGGGCGGACGGCGCCGCGUGGGCCGCCGCGGGCGCGUUGGCACUGGGCGGAGACGGCGGGGACGAGGACGUCGAGGAGGGGCGCGAGGUCGCGGAGGUCGUUCGGCGGGCGUAUGCGGCGGCGUGCAGGACUGGCAGAGGCUGA